CCGAUUGUGCGCCCUACUACUUUGUCUGUGAACGGAGUAUUUAGUAACACCCCCAACAAUUGCCCCUCAAGCUAGUGGUGAGUCUUAACUCAUCACUAGCUUAUUAUUUUAUUUUUUUAAAAUCUUCGUUGGUAAUUUUGGAUGGAGCCCUAUGUACCCCAGUUGCCCCCCCAGCUGGUGGCGCGUUUGACUGACGCGGUGCCAACUUCUUGCGUCUUGCCCCCCAUUAGCGCUAUUAACGCUCAUGAAAGUAAAAUAUUUCAAUAUUUAAUAAUGAUAGAGGGAUAGAGUACUUAGCUUUAAAUUGGAGAGGCGGCAGGAUACUGAUUAAGUGGAAUGCGCCGCACUAUUUUGGCACAAGGCGCGUAUGUAGCCUACUGGUAUUGGUGCUUGUCACGCGAAGGAGUGACGCGAGUUCGAUUAACAAAGGUAGCUUUUUUGUUUGAUGGUGCGUGUUGUUGGGCCGCGAGUUGAUCAUUUUGUGUUUUGUCGUACUGAGUGGGCGCGAAUAGUUCAUGACCAUUGCUAUUUUUUGUUCUGUCGAACUGAGUGGGCGCGAAUAGUUCAUGACCAUUGCUAUUUUUUGUUCUGUCGAACUGAGUGGGCGCGAAUAGUUCAUGAUUAUUGCUACUUUGCGUUCUGUCGAACUGAGUGGGCGCGAAUAGUUCAUGACUAUUGCUAUUUUUUGUUCUGUCGAACUGAGUGGGCGCGAAUAGUUCAUGACUAUUGCUAUUUUUUGUUCUGUCGAACUGAGUGGGCGCGAAUAGUUCAUGACUAUUGCUAUUUUUUGUUCUGUCGAACUGAGUGGGCGCGAGUAGUUAAAAAUCAGGCGCCGAGCCAUUGAAACACAAGGUUCGCAUGUAGCCUUCUGGUGAUGUUGCUUGUCUAGCGGAGGAGUGACGCGGGUUCGAGCUCUCGCCGCGAUGAUAAUAUUUUUCUUACUGAGCUCAGCGCCUGUGGGCUCAGUUGGGCUGGGGAGCCGAAGCGGGCUCAAGUGCUAGUGGCAGGGCAGCUGGCGCACCGGAUGGGCGCGGACGAACGACCUGGGCCGCUUUGUCAUGGUGCAGGCUUGUUAGGCGGAUCAGAUGGCAGAUUUGGGCUGGCGGAGUGGUGUUGGGCCGCGAGUUGAACAUGCGGUGAGGUGGACUGGCGGGACUGCAUCGGGCUGGCGGAGUGAUGUUGGGCCGCCAUUGUGAGAUGCUCCGCGUGAUGCAUGUCGCGAGCUGGUUGGCUGGUUGUGGACAAUUUUAAAGCGGGCUUUUAUUGUACCUUUUUUUUUAGCCUUUUGAGCGCGAGUGCAGCAGGGAAGGGAAGGAUCUCCGCAGAAUAAACUUCUAUUUAGAGGCGGGGCGGAAGACCAAAAGCGCAUCGCUGGCACCGAUGGUGAUGAGCGGGUGGAUGGCUGCCCUGACGAUAAUGAAUUGUCUCGGCUGAGAUGGUGAGGCUAGCGCGGACCGCGAGCUUUGUUAAGUGGACCGCAUGUUGGUGAGGCUAGCGCGGACCGCGAACUUGUGUGGCGGACCUUGUAGGUGGCGGAAAGAUCAGUUUAAUAUAAAUAUGCCACGCCGAUGUGGGCAAGUAACCACUGUCCGUUGGGCCGAAGUUAUGCGGCGCGGAGACGCGGGACAGGUGGAGAGCGGUGAAGAUUGAGGGUGAUGGCGGACCCAUGAAUCACUGGGCGCGCGGCGGUGGAAGAGGGCGGAGUUCUUCCUUCCGCUCAGUGCAAACCACACGACUCCCGGAAGUUUUUUGGGCGGAGUUGAGCGCGGCGCUUCAAACGCGCUCGCGGCGGCGGUGUGAUGAUGCUCGCCGCGUCGACUGGCUCCUUUCUUUCCCGGCGAGCACCAGAAGCGGGGAGCGCGGGGUUGCGCGGAGAGUAGGGGUGUACAUGGGUCGGGUGGUUCGGGUUUAGACAUUUUAAUCACCCGAUCCAUGCACUACGGUUUGGGAAAUAUGAAACCCAAACCCACCCAAAAAAAUAUAAACCCUACGGUUUGUUUCUAAUUGGGUUGGGUCGGGUUGGCGAUAUUUUUAAGUAAAAACCAACCCAACACAAAAUAUGUAAUUAUUCUACAUCAUAAAAAUAUUUUAUAACAAAUUAAAAAUUUCAAACGAAUAAACCGAGGUGAAAGGUAUCAAAAUUCACAAAUAUUGUUUGAAGUUUAAUAAAACUUGAUUUACUUCGACUUAUGUCUAGUUUUUUUCACGACAUUUGUUGAAAUAGGCUAAAAAGGUUACAAAUGAACGCAUUCAUAAUAUGAUAUUCUUUUAAAAUUGUACAAAAGAAAAAAAAUUACGUGAAUCAUAGCUAUAUUAAAUAUAUGUCUAAACUUUAAGUCGAAGAAUGCAUUAGAUUAGUGAGACUUAAAGAGAAAAACAUGGCGAAAUAUGUUAAUUUUCUCAUAAGUAUGACUAUAUACGACAUAAAUAUUUUUUUGAAUACGAACUCAUACCAAUAAUUGGAACACGGGUUGGGUCGGGUUCUACGGGUUGUGUAAUCCAAAAUCCAAACCCAACCCAAAAGAGGCGGGUUGUACAAAAGAAAACCCUAACCCAACCCAAAAUCUUCGAUUUAGCGAUAAAUACGGGUGGGUUGGGUCGGGUUGGACGGGUGAGUCGGUUUGCGGGUGUGUUUGUUCACCCCUAGCGGAGAGUGAGGGAGCGGAAGCCGGAGUGAGUGCGGAACGCGCGGAGGGUGAACAACCGUUUGUUGGAUUAUAGCCUUGGCGGUCUUGACUUUGGCGGAGGGUGUAGCGACGGCCAUCGAUGCGGUCAUUUGUGGCGGGAGGGUAACGCGCGGCGACGACAAUUAAUAGAGCUUGCCAGGAGGAUGACGAGGCCGUAGCACGCUUCGGAGACGGACGUCGUGAGGUGAGUCGAGGGAAAGCAAAUGUGAAAUUGCUGUGUUUUUUUUUUCUUUUUCCUUUUCCCUUUUCUUCCUUCUUCUUAUCUGAACCCUCUGUUUCCUUUGUCUGCUAUUCCUCUUGUUAAUUGCUCUGUCCAAACCUUGGCACCCCAUCACCGUCGGCAAGUGAAAGUCACCGGGAUAUGAAGUUUUAUUUUUCUCGAUUUGCGUGUCAUUCUACCGAAAACAAGUAGAUUUGGCUUUUGAGAUGGAGAUUGACAGUAUGUUGAUGAUGCUUCCAGUUGGCUUGAAGAAGAGUCGUGUCCCUUCCAAACAUUUGACAGACUUUGAACUUUCUGUUGGUUCCUGGGACUGUUUUUUUCUUCUUCUUCUUUUCUUCCAUGUCUUCUUUUCGUCCCUCCUAGCAAUGAUGUUGUCGGUUCCUUAUGGAGGAAGAGCUGACUACUUCCCCUUUUCCUCCAACUGUUGCUAGCAUUUUUCUUUGCUUCCUCCGACGAAUCUUCUACCCUUUUUUCUUCACACAGAUUUUCUCCCCUUUUAGAAAUAAGAUGAACAGAAAGUACCAGUCAAGCCCCAAGGUGGGCGCCAAUUGUUUGUUCCAUCUAGCUCCGGUAUGAACAAUGAUAUUUGUUGGAGUGGGGUUGACUCAUGAUCUGUACGUCUGAUCUCGUCGGGAGGGAAGAAACCUAUGAAAAAGACCGGGGAUGCCCCCCGGAUUGAGCUCCAACGAUCAAGUCAGUGUAUGUUUGUGGAGAGAGUUGAGAGAAUAGAUAGAGAGAUAAAGU